AUGACUACCAUGGAUUUGCGUGUUGGUAACAAGUACCGUAUCGGCCGCAAGAUCGGAAGUGGCUCUUUUGGUGACAUCUACCUUGGCACCAACAUCAUUUCCGGCGAGGAGAUCGCCAUCAAGCUCGAGAGCGUCAAAGCCAAGCACCCCCAACUCGAGUAUGAGGCUCGCGUCUACAAGUCUCUCGCCGGCGGUGUCGGUAUCCCCUUCGUCCGCUGGUUCGGCACUGAGUGCGACUACAACGCCAUGGUUAUCGACCUUCUAGGCCCCAGUCUCGAGGAUCUGUUCAACUUCUGCAACCGCAAGUUCUCUCUGAAGACUGUCCUUCUUCUCGCCGAUCAACUCAUCUCCCGCAUUGAAUACAUUCACGCCAAGUCGUUCAUUCACCGUGAUAUCAAGCCCGACAACUUCCUGAUGGGCAUUGGCAAGCGGGGCAACCAGGUCAAUGUGAUUGAUUUUGGUCUGGCCAAGAAGUACCGCGACCCCAAGACCCACUUUCACAUCCCGUACCGCGAGAACAAGAACCUCACGGGUACUGCCCGUUACGCUAGUAUCAACACUCACUUGGGUGUUGAGCAGUCUCGCCGUGAUGACAUGGAGUCCCUGGGUUACGUGAUGCUCUACUUCUGCCGUGGCUCUCUGCCCUGGCAGGGCUUGAAGGCUGCUACCAAGAAGCAGAAGUAUGACCGCAUCAUGGAGAAGAAGAUGACUACACCUACCGAGGUGCUCUGCCGUGGAUUCCCCAAUGAGUUCGCUAUUUACCUGAACUACACCCGCUCACUCCGCUUCGAUGACAAGCCUGACUACUCCUACCUACGCAAGAUCUUCCGUGAUCUCUUUGUCCGCGAGUCCUUCCAGUACGACUACGUCUUCGACUGGACUGUUUACAAGUACCAGAAGAAUGCUGCCAUGAUCGUGGACGCUACCAAGAAGGACAAGGACGAAGAGGCAGUACGCCGCCAGGGUGCCGCUGCCCCCAUUGGCGCCAGCGGUGCGGCCGCUAAGCCCGGUGCAAUCUCUGGCCAGCGCCGCAAGGUCAUCGACCGUGGAGCCCUGGACAACACCCCGGAUACCAACCGUGCCGUGGGAGGGAGUGACAGGAUUCUUCGACGUUAG